AUUGCAAAGCUAUUGUUUGAAGCAGCUGCCACUUCAUAUUCUGAAUAUGAACGCAUACCUUUUUUUUAAGAGUAAAUAUUUUUGUUACUAUAAUAUAUCUGCCUGAGCACAUUCAUCAUGAUGAAAAUGACUGAAACCUUAUUUCUAUUAUUAAUAUCAGAAUUGUAUUCUUUUCAACUGGCAUUCUCCCACUUCCACCACGUCUCCCUGUCCAGAAGCUACGAAGAAGCGAAGGAGUAUUGCAGAGAGAUGUACACCGACCUGGCUACCGUUAACAACCUGACAGAUAUGGCCGACUUGAUGGCUUCUGUUCCAAAUACCACAGUCCGAGCGUGGAUAGGACUGGAGAUGGGAGAUGCACCAAAGUGGCACUGGGCUUGGCCUCAUCAAAAACUCAAUUUUUCUAAUUGGAUGGCAGGACAACCACAGGGCUUGGUCCAAAAUUCAUGUGCAGCCAUGAAUCUACUUGGUCAAUGGUUUGAGAGUGAUUGCAAACUCAAAAGGAGCUUUGUUUGUCAGGGCAACAUCAAUGACACCAGCAACUACAUUUUUGUUGGCAACACCAAAUCAUGGCGGGACGCCCAAAAGCAUUGCAGGGAUUUGUCCAUGGAUUUGGUUGGUGUGGGCUCAGCGGAAGAGAACGUGGAUGUCCGAAAUGUGUCCACAUCUCAGAACGUGUGGAUCGGCCUCUUCCGAGAUGCCUGGAAGUGGUCUGAUGGGAGCGAGUCGUCCUUCCGCCACUGGAAACCACAGCAACCAAACUCUGCUAAUCAGGAUUGUGUUGCCGCAGUGUUCAAAGACGAAAGCCGCUGGAAUGAUCUGGGAUGCAGCAGCAAGCACACCUUUGUCUGUCAUGGCCCCAGCAAAGUUGUACCAACCGGUGAGACGAGCACACAGGAGACACAAGGUGUCACAUUUCCGUCCACCAGCUCAUCUUCAGAGGAGAUACCCAUUAAUUCUACAGCAGCUACUUCAACACAACAAUUAUGUUCAGGUAACCUGAUCUUAAUUCGUAAAAAUAUGACCUGGAUGGAAGCGCUGGGUUACUGCAGAGAACACCACAUGGACCUGGUCUACAUCAGCGACCAGGGCGCUCAGGAUCGAGCGGCGGCGAUGGCGAGGAACGCUACGUCGUCUCACGUCUGGCUCGGCUUACGCUACACUUGUAACUUCAACUUUUGGUUCUGGACCGGUUCAGCGGCGGACUGCUACCAGAACUGGGCCCCGGGACAAGGAUUGGAGGGUGCAAAUGGGUGCGGAGUUACUGGGGCCAUGGAGGCCACGGGGGGGCAGCAGUGGGUGGGAUUGGUUGAGACUCGGCAACUGAAUUUCAUCUGCCAGGACUGUGCUGGUUAAGGAAUAUUUUUGGGGUUAUUCUAGCGUUCUAUUCACAGGUCUUUGUGAAGGCAGAGCAGUGAGAAGACUCAAGGGCUGCCUCCUCUAUUGUUGAGGGUGAAUUUCAUUAAAUAUGCCAACAUUGUGGUGUGCAGGCCAACACAUUCAUGGGCAGAGAGAGUGACGUGAGAACAUUGAUCUGCUGCUUUCACUCAGGGGUUAAUAUUUGCAUGUUGACCCCAUUUGGAUAUAGGGCUCAAGAUGGUCUUUUUAGGACCACCAUGGCCCUGCUGCAGACUGCCUGCUGCCCCCACUGACCUGACCUUCACUUCUCCGCAGUGCUGAGGUCUACAUGGAUCACAGAUAACCGUGGGAAGACUAAUAACACAAUAUUUAUACGAUAUUUGCAAACUGUAUACUUAUAGUGAUGGUGUCAAGUCCUUCAUCUCACACAUGCUGACUAACAAGCUAUCAAAACAUUACAUAUUUUAUCAAAAAGCAGAUUGUGUAUUAGUGUAAAUCAUGGGGGUUUCAAUAUAAUAGAAAGCUUUAAGUGGUUGAUAGCAUUUUAUAGGGAAUGGAACCAUAUAUGGUACCAAUCAAAGUAUAGGCUGAUUUCUCAGGAAAUGGAAUAAGAAACAACAAGUUAUUAGAUUUUGUGGGUGUUCCGAAUCACUGUCUGGAGUGGAUUUGAAUAAAAUAUUAUUUACUAUUGGGAAAUUGGGCUUGAUUCAAGGCUUGCCAGAAAUUCUAUUUCUAAUUAGUCGUCACAUUCUCUUUGGGGUUAGUUGUCACACAAGUUAUAUAUUCAUACUACGGUUGUUAAAGUUAACACACUAUCGCAUGCAAAAAUGUUUAUUUGGUUAGCAAUGUGUAUAAACAGAUGUAUUUCAAAUAAAUAUUUUUAAAAAAUAAUCAAAAAAGGUACAAAAAUAUUUUUAUAUAUAAGUAUUUAUGAAUUACAUACAUUUUUGGGGUUUAACAUUUCCGAACAUUUCAAUUAGCGUCUGAUGUAUUUAUACUAAAUACUACAUAUCUAAUAAUAAUAAUAACACAUAAAACCAUAAAAUAUAUUUAUUGCAUACUGUGCAUGCAUCAGUAUAUAAUAAUAGAUACUUCUUACUACAAAUACACAAAAUAUAUACCGUAUAAUUAGAAUUAAAACUGUGCCGAUUGUUCGGCCACUGAUCAGUAUCAGCCGAUAUACGCGAAAAAGUAUGUGAUUACCAUUGCCGAUUUAUGUCUUUUAAUACCGAUCCCGUCUGGCUAAUAUUGUGUUUAUUUUCAGUGCCCAGGCUGACAAGCUUGUAGCUAAUUGUAUGUCUCCAUGCACAGUAUGUAGUUGCUCCCCUAAGCUAAUAAUAAUCACAAAUAAAUUGCAUUUCAACUCACGGCAAAUCACCAAAAUGAUUCCCGAGCGCGGCCACUGCUGCUGUUCACAGCUCCCGUCACCCUCCCAAGGGGUGAAAAUGGGGAUGAGUCAAAUGCAAAAAGUAAUUUCGCCACACCUAAUGUGUGUGUGACAACCAUAGGUACUUUAACUUUUUUUUUAAUUACAGUUCUUAGUCUUUUAAGUAUCAUUAUCACUGGAGGACAAAGCCAAACAUGUUACACACGUCGAGCAAGCUCAGAGCAGGCAUAGGAAAAGCUAAGCUAACCACUAAGAUAUCUUGAAACAAAAAAAAAAAGUGCUGAGUAAAGUUUAGGAAGUGUAGAUGGAACCACAUAACAUCAGAAAGUAAGCAAAUAUGAACAUGAAAUUAACAAGUAGAUCAAUAGGAGUCUUGAGGGAGGAUAAUAUAACUGCUACUAUGUCAGCAUUGUCACAGUCAGAACACGACAUGUAAGGGCGGAUAGAUCAUAUAAUCGUACCAGAGUCCAUAGUUUUAUUUUCUCAAUAAUUUUUGUCGUUUUUGUUAAUGUUUACAAACUCAGGGACUCAUUCCCUGGACACCGGAGGACUUUGAGGGCAAAAAGCAUAUAACUUU